AGGUACGUAUGUAGACCUUGGAGACUCCUCUCGAGGAAAGAAGAAGGAAAAGAAGAGAAGCUAAAGCGAAGAAGGAAUUGUACGAGUAAGGAUUGUGGAAUCCUCGGCAAGUCAGUUUGGUCUCACCACCCAACCCAACUCUACCCAAACAACCUCCCACACUCACUCGCUCUCUCGCUCUCUUUGCAAGUCUUGGACUCACUAAGUGAGUGGGUGAGUGCGUGUACCACACGCGUGUGGAGACAGUUUCCAUGUAGAAAAGUGGGACUGGAGGAGAGCCACCAAAAAUAGUUUACUUUCCUCGUGGAUUGUGUCAAGUCGACUCCAGUUCUCUCGCAAGAGCCUCCUGCUGAUAUGGUGCAAGUGACCGAGUUCCGGGAAAUCUCCGAGGGUCGCCCAUGAUCUGAACCCGUUCGAGUUCCACCUGGUGCUUGCAUCAUUCUCGAACCAGACUCAUUGGAACAAUGGAACAUGACAGAACAUGCCGGAUGUUCCCGUCAGUGGUGGCAGUUCAAGUGAGUGGUUCAUCAUCAUCCUAAUUGGCACCAGAGGUCCAAGUCUGCCAACGGAAACACAAAACUCAUUACCAACACCAUCAACUGCGAAAAGUUGUCUUGUCGUCUAUAGAACAAGCAAAUAUUUUUCACUUCUACUUAAAGGAUCUGAAAAUGAAGAAACUCUUAAGAUGUUACUCCCAAGUACUUUCCAAUUAUCCCUUUGGGAUCAUGCUGGCCAUUACCUCGAUAUCAAUCACCGCCCUAGUACUCUCUGUCACGCUACAAGAUUUACCAGACUUCAGUGAUCCACAAGCGGGGUUUCUGACUCGAGGAACGGAAAUUGCCCGCAGGUUGACAGCAUAUGAGAAUCUCUUGGAUUCCGUAAGCCAUAUCGGACCAUUGACCACAAACCCAUUGGAGGCUAGAAGUUUAGCCAAUAAGGGUGGAAAGAAUAAAGGAGGCAAGAGAAAACGGAGAAAGAAGAACAGAAAUGGGACCAAACAGGGCGACGGGCCAUAUAAGAAGCGGAAUGGUGGAAAACGCCAUAGAGCAAACUCCAAGGACGACCUGUCGUUGGAUGCCCAGAAUAUCAAUGCUCCUCGGGUUCUACCUAGUGAGGAAGAACAACUUUCCAUGGAUUUAGAUCCUUCAGUGCCUCGGUAUGGGAUACAAAGGGAAGACCAAAGGCCCCUCAAUGUCGGGAGAGCCUAUGUGAGGAACAAGAGGAACAUUGUGGAACCUCAAGCAAUCUUAUCCUCCUCUCAACAUCGAGAUAUUGGUUGGAUGUGUGGCGAACCAAUGGCAGAUUAUGCACACGUGGUUUUCAAAUCUAAUCGGGGACGGGAUCUCUUCACCCAUGACAAUGUCAUGUCAAUGUGCACUGUUGAAUCCACCCAUUUGAGGGACGCCCCUCAAUUCAAGGACUUGUGCGAGACCCAGGGACCAGUGGAUUGCUGUCCAGGUUGGAACUUGGGCGGAUACAUUGCCCUUCUCAACAACCGUAGCUCUUGCUUUGGCAUCACGCCUGAAGAUGUUCAGUACACGAAGGAGUUGCUGUACCUUUGCUCACGCUAUUACCAUAAUGGAGACCUCUUUCCGGAUUGCAUGCACAGCCAACGACAUUGUCGUCACAUACCCAAACUGUGUGCUACAUACAAUGCGGUCUAUAACAUCUUCCACUUCCUCACGGAUGAUCAAUUCAUGGCCCAUUCCUUUGAACCGAACCCGAUUGACGUAUGCCAUGGCUUUUCUACCGAUUGCUCGGAGUUCCGCUACACUGGAUUACUUCCACGCAAUAUCUAAGGAGACCAUCACGGAUGGUAGAACCAAAGUGGUUGCCAUGGAUUUUGGUCUAAAGGAAACUCUUUUUGAUGAAUACCUCUUCGAAGAUGCAGUCUAUCUGGGCGUGGCAGGUGGCCUAAUCGUGUUGGCCAUUCUAGUCUACACUCAGUCGUUCUUCCUGACACUCACCACGACAUUGUCGAUCGUAUUCAGCCUCUCGUUGGCAUACUUCCUCUAUUCAAUGCUUUUUGGCAUCGAUUUCUUCCCGUUCAUGAACAUUCUAGCAGCUGUGAUAGCCAUCGGCGUGGGCGCUGAUGACACUUUCAUAUUGGUCAAGUCCUGGUCCAUGCAAAAACCAGACCCAAAUUUGUCGCUCCCCGACCAAAUGGAGAAACUGGUGCUCAACACGUUGCAACAUUCGACUCUCUCAAUGUUGGUGACGUCCUUAACCACUGCCAUGGCAUUCUUUGCCUCUUACAUAUCCAGUAUUACCGCCAUCAAAUGUUUCAGUAUUUUCGCCGGCCUGGCCAUAAUGUGCAACUUCUUGCUCAUGAUCUCAUGGACGCCGGCUUCAUUGGUGGUUUAUCAGCGCUAUUGCCAAACCACGUGUUGCUGUUGCUUGAUUCCCACUCCAGGAAUCCAGAGGAUUGACACAUGUCGUCUGGGUCAGAUCUUGUGCUCGGCACGAACGUCUAUCAACGGGUGGUGCAGAGGCCUUUUUGAGCGUCGGUUGCCUCAUGUGAUAAUGUUGCCCAGAUACCUGUGGGUCGGUGCCCUGGGCAGCCUCUUUGUGGGCUCGGUUAUUGUCGUCUUAUAUAGGCCGGGUUUACGGUUACCAGAUAAAGAACAGUUCCAACUGUUCAAUGCCAACCAUAUCUUUGAAAGGUAUGAUAUGUUUUACAAGAAGUUUUUUGCCUUUGAACAAAGUGUGACCAGGGACAUCAGUAUGAGGAUGCCGCUGCGGUUUCUGUGGGGAGUCAAGUCGAUCGACAACGGGGACAAUCUGAAUCCCGCUGACAUGGGCUCUUUGGUUUUGGAUCCUGGCUUUGAUCUCACCACACCAGAUGCUCAACGAUGGAUGCUCAAGUUCUGUCACGACGCUCGUAAACAGUCGUUCUACUCGCACACCAUGGGACCCCAGCUCUCCAACUGUUUCAUGGAAACUUUUAAGAAGUGGAUGGACAGGAGGUGCAACGAUACCCUCAGUGGGAAGGACAAGACACCGUGUUGUCAGGCCACCAAAUUCCCUUAUCCCAAUAACGUCUUUGAGAAGUGUCUUGUCCUGGCCAUUGGGGACCUCUAUGCGACUCCGACGGACUUUUGGAUCCCAGGGGUGGCCGGACCAAAAUUCAAUAUCACCACCAGCAAGGUCCAGGCCAUGAUUGUUGAAUACGAUGCCUGGCAAAUAUUUAGCUACUCCCAUCAUGAGAUGUCCGAGUUCUACCAUGGGGUAAACAAUUGGUUCUCCGAUAUGGCUCGAACGGCGCCCCCUGAGCUGCAAGGGGGCUUUUUCGUUAGCUACUUGAGCUUUUACGACGUUCAAAGCAGCCUUUCUCGAGAUACACUGGUUGCCAUAGCAUUGGCCUUGAUGGUGGCCGUGUUGGUUCUAUUCAUUUGUACCUUCAACGUGUUUCUUAGCUUGAUCUCAGUCCUCACCGUGUGCGCCAUCAUCUUUGUCUCCAUUGCCAUUCUGGUCUUGCUGGGCUGGAAGUUGAAUAUUCUGGAGUCUGUGGCCAUCACGUUUGCCAUUGGACUCAGUGUGGAUUUUACACUUCACUACAGCAUCAUGUAUCGACAAUCAAUCGACUCUGAUAGCGAGCUCAAUGUCAUUUACUCUGUGACCAAUAUGUCGGCACCCAUAACCAUGGCUGCUCUCACAACCAUGAUUGCGGGGCUCUGUUUGAUCCCAUCUCGGGUACUGGCCUACAUCCAGAUUGGCACCUUCAUUGUCAUUGUCAUGACCAUCUCGUGGUUAUACUCGACAUUCUUCUUCCAAUCCAUACUCCGGAUCAUUGGACCAACUCGGAGUUGUUGGGCCGGAAACUCGGACCUGGCCGUGAGUGUAAAAGACUAUUACGUGGAUUGUUGUGAAACUGAUCAUUGUACAGAGACGGGAAGCUCUGAAGACGUUUCCGCGGCCGGAAACGGCCGCAAAGAAGUCCUACAACAAAUGAUGCCCUCCCAACCUGUGCAAACUGUCUUUGCCCUAUCGGACAAUGAAGAGCCCAGUCUCACAAUCGUUUCCAAUUCUAGUCUUCCCAGAACCACAAAAGUGCCAAAGACGCCUAACCAGCAGAUAGUCACCUUAGGUCACGCCUACUAUGGGGACCGAGGAACUGUGUCCACUUAUGACAUUCACAUUUUGCCUACUGAGGGAAAUUUUCCCGGCCAGCAUCAGGUCAUUGAUGUUGCCCCGCCCCCAAAGCAUGUUCCCGUGGAUGGAAGUGCCACUUUGCCUAUGCCAGAGAAACAGCCUCGUGAAAACGGAAGAAAGAGGUCCUCAUCCAAAACUCAACGACGCUCAUUAGCUGACGUUCCCGCCAAUCCAAUGUCCCAUAAGGUGUCAAAUCAAAGUAUCUAUGCGUCUCAAUUGUGUGAGACGGCUCUUAUUCAUAGUGGUUCACCUACAAUCAGAGCAGAUGUUGAUCUCCUGAAGACAACCGGGUCUAGAAGUUCAAGGACCUCCAGGAAGCAAUGGCCAAAUGUCUCUGAAGUUCGAGGUCUGAAAGAAAAUCCAACUCGGAAGUGUAGCCUAGCUACUCCACCUAGUCUAGAGGCCCAGCCUCGAAGGUCAAGGCAAAAGAGUCUGCCAACCAAUUCGAUUUUGGAUGACAAUCAUGAGGUGGAGACAGACUUUGGAACCAAAGAACCCGACCCUCUGAUGAGCCCGGAGCGAGUAAUCGUGCCCAAAGAUAAAAAGUCAGCUUUAAAAGGUGCCAAGAGCAAGCGCCAAGCGGCCAUGAUUCUCCAUCGAAGGAAGAACAGUUACAAGCAAGCUCAAGAAAGGGAAUUCAUCGACGAUUGGUUAGGCGCUCAAGAGCGCCGAAAAUCAAUUGGCCACUUAGAGGACGAGAUCAGCCGGUAUACUCCCGAGGUGAAGCCCCGGACCAGUUCUAGUUUGGGGAACAUUCUCCAAGCCGAUGACGAGAUUGGCCGCUUCCGGCCCCUACAGCCAUCCCCUUCCACUCAGACCGUUAUUCGGAUACCAAUUGCCUCUCUUGAGCCGGCAGGUCAUCUCCCUGGUGGCCACGAUCUCAAGGACCCCAGACGAUCGCAGAAGCUGAAGUCGUCCUACCACUACGAACGCCAUCCAUUGUCUCACAGUACCACAACCAUUCUGGACUCCACGAAAGAUCCUCGGCCCAUAUUGCCGAACCGCUCCCCAGGUACCCCGGAUGUUUGGGUACCACGAAGUAUAAAGGCCUGAUGACGGCUUGAAUGUGAUACCCAAGUUUGAAUCUGCAUUCUCUCCCCGCAAGAAGAAACCACCAUUCAUUUGUCAUAUUGCAUGUGCAUUGCACUCCCUUGGAAUUUCUCCAAUUGAUCCUCAACGAACUGUGACACCUACUAUGUAUUUUUCCUUAUCUGUUUUUGGUGCAACCCUUGCCACGCUUUCAAACUUCCAAUCUACUUUUACUCAUGAUCCAACUGCCCUUUUACACCCAGCUCUACUUCUAAUAUACUCACAUUCAAGUCCAAUAAAAGAGCACUCCAAGAAGAACAAUUAAUAUCAAUAAGAAUUUUCCUGCAGUUGAUUCUGCACAACAGCGGGAGUGGGUCCCAGGAAGGUUGCCUGGUCUGGCUUUUUGGAUAAAAAUCCCACUAAAUUCCACUGUUCCCAAGAACACUCUGAAAGCUUUUUGGUGAAUGGUUUUGCAAAGGCCUUGGAA